UAAUUUCAACACCCUUCUAUUAGUAUUUAGAUCGGAUCGGAGAAAGGCCUCAUCUUUUUUGCUUUGCGCCGGCGGAGACUCUGAGGAUGAUGGCAAGCGCAGGACUGAAGCGUAAAGGUUACUCCUCCUUCACCGUUCUCACCCACGGCAAGCGCCCAAAGACCACCACAGCGCCGUCCCAUGCGUCUGACUGGUCCUCCCUCCCUCUGGACAUCACCGGCAUCAUCGCCGAGCGGCUGCUGGUGGAGGACGUGACUGAUUACAUGAGCUUCCGCGCCGUGUGCUCACACUGGCGUGCCACCACAACCAGCCCGUGCGAUCCCACACUUCGGGAAACCCGCUUCCGGCCUCGUGGCUGGGUUGCCCUCUGCGAUGGUGACGGCGUACGCCCUGCUGAUGCCUGUGAGAUCACCUUCCUCCACACGUCCACUUGCCGGCGCCUCCGUGUCUGCCUGCCCGAGCUCCAGAAAUACCGGAUUGUUGGCUUCACUGACGGCCUCCUCAUCCUGCUCAACAAGACAACCACCACCCUCCGCGUCCUGCACCCGUUCACCCGUGUAUUCUUGGACCUCCCACCCCUUGCGCCCAUCUUCCGUGACCUCGUCAAGCCCAUGGAGUCGAUGGUCCGGAUGAAAGCUGCAGUCGCCUGGUCUCACGGCUCAAUUGCUGUCAUUGCUUGGUUCCCAAUUGUGCCAGUGGUGAUCUAUGCUGAACCCGGGAAGCCGCGUUGGUCUGUCAUUCACCUAGGUCUUGAGCUUUGGACUGCCUUACCAUUCCAAGGUAGGCUGUUCGGCAUCCGAAAGGGGACGGGGGAGAUUGUGCAGGUGUAUCCUCAAUUCCCGCAGUAUCCUGUGGUUGCUCGUAUUCCCAGUGUGUUUGGAUGCCCCACAUUAUGUCACUACUAUCUUGUAGACUUUGGGGGGCACAUGCUCCUCGCUGUCCAGCACCGUUCUAUUGGCCACAGAGAGGGGUGGCAGCCUUUCGCUUUUGCACUCUUCUUGGUGAAUGUACACCAUAGAGUUCUGGUUCCAUUGGGUGACCUAGGUGACCAGGCCCUCUUCCUUAGCAAAGAUCGAUGCCUGUGUGUCUCAGCCAGGAAACUCCCUUCUAUCAGCCGCAAUUCCAUCUAUUUCUCGCUGCCCAACUACGACCCUGUCGUGUUGUAUUCUCUAAGCAGCGGAAUAUUCGAGCGGACGUCAACAUUUUCCCUCAUACAUGACCUGAAGGAGAGGAUUCGGCCCUCUGUUCGGCCCUUCACCUUGGCCGAUCAUCUGAUGACAUAUUGCCACCAUCUUGAGUGGUCCAGGGGACUUAUGUUUCAUGAGUACUAUGAUAUACCUUUGUCUUGGAAGAAUUUGUGGAGGAAAAUGAUGUUACAGGACUUUGAAAUUCGAGUUCCAGGUUUGGGUGAAGAGAAAGUAAUGGGAAGUUUGAUAUCAAGGAAAAAGAAGCUGCAAAUAACAGUCUGGAGGCGCUCCAAAAAUGUUAGUACUAUGAACAAGGAGAUGAAACUGAUGGAAGAGACCCCCAGCCCCAGGUUGCAUCUUAAGAUAGAAGAUAGGGAGAUUAGAACCAUGCAGGCUUAG